UUUGUUGUCAUUGCAAACUAGAACUCAAAAAGAAACUCCACUCCCCCCUCCGAUUGUCGUGCAGAGUUGAGAAAAAAUCAAAAACUCUCCCAUUAAUAUGCGAACCUUACCUUUGGGAGCCUCUUCUCUCCCCGUUAACAAUCUUAAUUUCAAGAAACAAUCGACACACUCUUACUUUUUUUCUUCAUCUUCCAGGAUUUCUCUUUCUCAUCAGACCUCUUCUUCUCCUUCCAAAUUCGGAGUAUGCAGAGCCAGUCAAGUGGUUGAACUAUUUCCGACUGUGUCUCCUGAGAUUGUUGUUAGGGAGGCAAGGUUGGAGGAUUGUUGGGAAGUGGCAGAGACUCACUGCAGCUGCUUCUUCCCGGAAUAUUCAUUUCCUUUAGAUUUGGUGUUGCGCGUCGACAGGUUGUUGGCUAUGCUAUCCGGAUUCACUGUGCAGCAUGGUAGUAGGAGAAUUUGUUUGGUAGCCGUUGACGGUAGCUCGGUUGAUCAAACCUUUUUUGGAAGUGAAGAUUUCAAAAUUGGUGGUCUUGAUAGAAUAUUCAGUCUGAAUAGAGGUUAUGUUACCGGGAUAUUGACAGUGGAUACAGUGGCCGAUUUUCUUCCAAGGAAAGGACCUCUUCGGCUGAGAAGGACUGGAAUUGCGUACAUAUCCAAUGUAGCAGUUCGGGAGAAAUUUCGGAGGAAGGGAAUAGCGAAAAGGCUGAUUGCAAAAGCUGAGGCAAUAGCCAGGACCUGGGGCUGCCGAGCAAUAGCACUGCACUGUGAUUUGAACAACCCUGGUGCGACAAAGCUAUACAAAGGCCAGGGUUUCAAAAGUAUUAAGGUUCCGGAAGGAGCGAACUGGCCUCUGCCAAGGACCUCUCCAGAUAUCAAGUUCAGCUUCAUGAUGAAGCUUCUAAACUCCCCUUCCCCUGCUUAGCUUUUUAGGAAACACCAAAGCCAUUAUUUAUGAGAGAAAAAUGAAGAAAAAGAAAUGGAAAUGUAGAAAUUUAAACUAGUUUCUUGUAUAUAUUUUUGUAAAUUUGAUGGUAUUAUGUCAGGAUUAUAAUUCUUGUCUUCAA